CGCGAGGUCUCGCGCCGCCCAAUGUGGAACGCGAUCCUACGUCUCCACUCCCGGACCAGACCGAGAAGAAGCUCGCGCCUCGCCAGGUACAUUUCCUACACACCGAUCCUCCGCAAGGAAGAGAACCUCCAGCAGGCCUAUGCGGAUCUCAUCCGCUACUUCACCUUCACGCGCGAUCUCGAGUACGCGCGCAAGCUCCACGGCAAGAUCGUCGACCGGGGGCUGGGAAAGGAUCGCUACUUGCUCAAUCUCAUCACCGAGAUGUAUGGCAAAUGCGGGAGCUUCGACGAGGCAAAGCAGGUGUUUGACAGGAUGGCGAUCCGGGACCAGAUGUCCUGGGCAGCGAUGAUCACUGCCGGGGCCGAGAGUGAUGAUCGCUACGAAGAAGGCCUCGACUACUACCGCCGGAUGCUGCUCGAGGGUGGCAUGCUUCCCGACGCUCACAUCCUCAGCUCCGUGCUGUGCUGCGUGGAGACGCUCCCGGAGGCCAGGAAGAUCCACGACCAGGUGGUCUCCUCCGGCUUGUACGUGGACGUGGUGGUGAUGACCGGGCUCAUCAACGCGUACCGGCGGUGUGGCAGGCUCGAUCUCGCGGGAGAAGUUUUCGACCGGGUAGAGUUCAAGGAUAUGGUCCUGUGGACGUCGAUGCUCUCAGCUUACUCCCACUCCACCGACGAGGCCGUGGAGGGCUUGAGGAUCUUCUGGAAGAUGGAGCUCGAGGGGAUCCGGCCGGACAAAGUUACGUUCACCAGUCUCAUCACUGCCACCGGGAAUGCUCUGUGCGGCUGCUACGCCAAGCUCGUCGACGAGAGGGUCUGCGCGCACGGGCUCGAGAAGGACGUGACGAUAGCCUCCGCGAUGCUCUACAUGCACGGGAAGAGUGGCAACUUGGAGGAAGCGAGGAAAGUUUUCGAGUCCAUGGCGGAGAAGAACCUCGUAACUUGGAACUCGAUGAUCGCCGCGUGCUCCUUCUACGGACAAAGCCGCGACGCUCUCCAGCUCUUCCGGACGAUGGACCAUGAAGGCGUGGUGCCCGAUCACAUCACCUUUGCGAGCGUCCUCGACGCUUGCGCGGAUAUGGCAGCGGCCUCGGCCGGGAGGGCCGUCCACGAUCGCGUCCUCGCGGCCGGACUCCAGGCGGACCAAGUGAUCGUAAGCGCGCUUCUCAAUCUCUACGGGAAGUGUGGCAAGGUGGGCGAUGCGAGGAAGAUCUUCGACGAGUGCUGGAAGAACCUCUCGUGCUGGAACUCGAUGCUGACGGCGUAUGCUCAGAACGGGCAUAUCAGGGAGACGCUGGCGCUCUUCCUGGAUAUGUGCCAUCAAGGGGUGGUGCCGGACGAGAUAACUUUCACGGUGCUGGUCGCCGGUUGUGGGCAUGCUGGCAAGGUGGACGCUGGCCGGGACGUGUUCCGGCUGUUCCAGGACGACUACCAGGUUGAGGCAUUGGUGGAUCACUACGGUUGCAUGGUAGACGUGUUGGGACGCAAUGGGAAGCUACAGGAAGCCGAGGAGCUCAUCGAGAGCAUGCCGUUCUAUCCGGAUCUCGUGGCCUGGACGGCAGUUCUUCGGGCUUGCAAGAACGCGAAGGACGUGAAGAGAGGGUCCCGCUUGGCGCGAGCGGCUCUAGAGACGUAUCCAGAGAAGUCGGGGCCGUAUGUUAUGCUGAGCCAGAUCGAGGCUGAGAUCCAGGAGCUGGAGAACAAAGUGGCCAAGAAGAAUGGCUGUGAAGAGGAGAAGAAGGCGAACAGUUUCUUCGAUUGUUUGCAACCGGCAGUUCUGUGUGCUUGCGCUAAUCGUUAGCCGUGGAAGAGCUUGGAGAUUUGGAAGGAGAUCCAGAGUCCCCAUAUCUUCCUUGUGAUGGACUUUGCCAAGCUCUUGGCUAUCUUGUGAGCUAAAAGUCUUUUGAGCGGUACAAGCUUCAUGUCUUUUUAAGCUUUCUAGGCAUAAAAAGGACUCUCAAACAAUGAAAGAGCUAAGAUUGUGACUGUGAAAUAUGCAACAAGCGAAGACAAUGAAGCAAAGUAGCCAAAAGACAGGAAACUUCCUUUUACUUCAUUCUCAAUACACUCGUGCAAUGGCCUCAUAGAUUCUUGCAUCUAUUGCA